AUGCUCAUGAGCACCCUCAAAGAGUACGAGGUUGACAGGAACCAAAAGAACCUCACCUUGGUCUUCUGCGGCACGAAGCGCAUGUGCGACCAGCAGGAGCGGUCGCUGCAGCGGGCGAACUUCCGCAUUGCGGCCAUCCACGGCGACAAGGACCAGCGCCAGCGUGACGAGGCCCUCGACAACUUCCGGAACGGUAAGAUCACCAUCCUGGUCGCUACCGACGUCGCCGCGCGGGGCUUGGACGUGAAGAAGUCUCUCUUGAGACCCUUCGAGAAGCACCUCUAG